ACCAGCGCACCGUAGUCCGUGGUGUGGAAAGGCAGGAGAAAUUUCAUACGUUAUUCGGCGGUCUAAUUAUAUUUAGUAAAUAAGUUAUUGUUUAAACUCAUUCUUAAACAAUGGCGGCUAUCAAAUCUAAAGCUGGUAAAGAUUCUGGCCAGGGAAACUUGUACGAUCACGAAGAGUUUGUUGAAAGUCAGUAUGAUCCAUAUGCAUAUGGAAGCAGUCAUGCUACAGAAGGAGAAUUUGGUUUCCAUACCGGAGACCCACGGCAGGACAUUGAGUAUGAAAGGCAAUAUGCAUCAUCAUACCAUGUGCCAGACCUUGUGAGGAGCUUUAUUGUAUACUUCCAAAAGGUGAUAAAGGAUGGAAACCUCUAUGAGAUCAGCAAUGCCUAUGAAAACAGUUUCCCGAAGUUGAGUGAUCAGUUCUUUAAGAAUGAGCCCUGGCCACAGUCAGAGUACAUCGCACCCAUUGUAAACGAUGACCCAUUGUUUAUCAUCCUGUACAAAGAGCUGUACUAUAGACACAUCUAUGCUAAAGUGAAAGAUGGACCAUCCCAGGAACAGCGUUUCGAAUCUUACUACAAUUACUGCAACCUAUUCAACUGCAUUUUGAGUGCAUCCGAAGGCCCGAUACCGCUGGAGCUACCCAAUCAGUGGCUGUGGGACAUCACUGAUGAGUUUAUUUACCAGUUCCAGUCCUUUAGCCAGUACCGUGCAAUGCUGACCAAGAAGUCUAAGGAUGAGAUAGAAAUCUUGAGAAGAAACCCCAAGAUAUGGAAUGUCCACAGUGUGCUGAACGUGUUGCAUUCGCUAGUGGACAAGUCCAACAUCAACAGACAGCUGGAGGUUUACACUAGUGGAGGCGACCCGGAUAGUGUAGCUGAGGAGUUUGGGCGUCACUCUCUCUACAAGAUGCUUGGUUACUUCUCACUGAUCGGCCUGCUGCGUCUACAUUCACUGCUCGGUGAUUACUAUCAGGCCAUCAAGGUCCUCGAGAACAUAGAGUUGAACAAGCAGAGCAUGUAUUCUCGGGUGCCAGCCUGCCAGAUCACCACCUACUACUACGUCGGCUUCGCCUACAUGAUGAUGCGACGAUACCAGGACGCUAUCCGUACGUUCUCGAACGUGCUGCUCUACAUCCAACGCACGAAGCAGAUGAACUCGCAGCGCAGCACUGCGCAGUACGAUCAGGUGUCAAAGCAGAACGAGCAGAUGUGUCAGCUGCUGGCGAUGUGCCUGGUGCUGCACCCUAUGCGCAUCGACGAGAGCGUGCACUCGCAGCUGCGCGAGAAACUCGGCGACAAGAUGCUGCGGAUGCAGAAGGGAGACAUGACUGAGAUUGAGCAGUCGUUUUCCUUUGCGGCACCAAAGUUUCUGUCGCCUGUUCCGCCCAACUACGACGCUGCACCUGCAAAUUUCCACAAGGAGCCGCACAUCCAGCAGCUGAAGGUGCUCGUCGACGAGGUGCAACAGCAGUUCCUGCUCGCGACGAUACGCAGUUACCUGAAGCUGUACACGACGAUGCCGAUCGUAAAGCUCGCCGCGUUCCUCGACAUGAGCGAGGACGAGCUGCGCACCUACCUGCUCUGCUUCAAGCAUAAGAUGAAGAAUCUGGUGUGGAUAAAGGGUACGAGCGGGCUGGAGGGAGAGUUCCACUCGGCCUCCGAAGUCGACUUCUACAUUGACAAGAACAUGAUUCACAUUGCCGACACUAAGGUGGCUCGUCGCUAUGGUGACUUCUUUGUUCGACAGAUCUUAAAGUUUGAGGAGCUGAAUCGAAAUUUGCACAUGCUUAACCAAUAGAAACAGAGAGUGGGAUUACGUCCGAGGAGAGCAAGCAAUGGACAAUAGCCAUGCUAGGAGAAGGAGCUUGGAGUUUAGAAACCUAGCAUGGUAGAUCUACCUGCACAGUAUCACAUGGUCAAACCAUCAUCAUUGAGUUGCUACCAUUUAGAUAGUGACAGACGUUUAUGUAUUAAACUGGGGACUGGUUGAAUUUUUUUAUGCAUACCAAUUUCUUAUAUUAUGUGAACCGUUUUUUUUUCCUGUUUGAAUCUGUUACGCUGGGGUUGGCUGGUGUAAUGCUCAACUUUAAAUGUGACAUUUAAUUGUGCGUAUGGAAAAUUGUAGGUAAACACAUGCUUAUAUAAAAGCUUCGUGCAAGAGAAAUUUUAUUCUUAAGUUGAUUCAUCAGUGACAGUCCCCCUAUCUCACGGAUUUCACUUAUCAUGUAAGCAUAACCUUUGACCUUUGGUUACAAUUGGUGUCAGUUUGACGCUCUUAACUAUAAACCUUAUAGUGUGAUUGUAUUGAAUCGAGCAGGGACUACACGUAGAGACAUCGUACGGUAACAGUAAUGUGCCAUACCUGACUAUACACAUAUAUGACUUGGACCUGCACGUAAUCUGUAUUAAUAAAAAAAUGUUGCUGUAA